AUGGCGCGGCUUCACUCGCUCCUGCUGCUGCUGUGGACUCUGUCGCGCUACUCGGCGUCCACGCAAGUACGCCAAGAGUUCCGCGUGCUGGAGGAGCAGCCCGCGGGCACCUACGUGGGUCAGAUAGACACCCGCGCUGGCUUCACGUACCGCUUCAGUGAGAGCCACAAACUUUUUGCCAUCAAUGGCAGUACGGGGGUGAUUUCCACUUCAUCUGUGGUGGAUAGGGAGCUUCUGCAGAGCGAUGUCAUCAACGUGGUGGUGCUCUCCAGUCAGCCCACAUAUCCCACGGAGGUCAGGAUUGUGGUGCUUGAUAUAAAUGACAAUGCACCGGUGUUCCCGGACGCGUCUAUCGUGGUGUCGUUCAAGGAGGACGCCAGCAGCGGCCGGCAGGUGAUCUUGGACACGGCCACCGACUCUGACAUCGGGAGUAACGGCGUGGACCACACCACUUACAGAAUAGUUAAGGGCAACCAGCAGAGGAAAUUCCGCUUGGAUAUUACCGUCAACCCCAGUGGUGAAGGUGCAUUUCUGCACCUGGUCUCGACAGGGGGUCUGGACCGGGAGCUCACACCCUUCUACCAGCUCCUGAUCGAAGUGGAGGACAAGGGGGACCCUAAAAAGUUUGGCUACCUGCAGGUGAAUGUGACUAUCCAGGACAUCAAUGACAACCCGCCUGCUUUUGAGCGUGAACAAUACCAGGCGAGUAUGUUUGAGGACGCCGCGGUGGGCUCCAGCGUCCUGCAGAUCACGGCAACCGAUCGAGACGACGGGACCAACGCGGAGAUCAGGUACUUCCUGGACGAUGGCAGCCCUUUCCAAAUCGACCCCAAAGAUGGUACUGUUAUUAUAAAACAAAGUUUGGAUUAUGAAAUUAAGAAGGAGUACUCAUUGACGAUUCACGCGGUGGACAACGGGGCCCCGUCCUUGUCUGGGAGAACAGAGGCGACUGUCAAACUAUUGGACGUGAACGAUAACGACCCUGUGGUGAAAUUCAGGUACUUCCCCACCACGUCGAAAUUUGCUUCUGUGGAUGAAAAUGCACAAAUUGGCACUGUUGUGGCCCUACUUACUGUGUCUGAUUCGGACUCCUCCACUGCUAACGGUAACAUCUCAGUGUCCAUCUUGGGCGGAAACGAGCAAAGACAUUUUGAGGUGCACACAUCCCCCGUUCCCAAUUUAAGUUUGAUCAAAGUGGCCAGUGUUUUAGACAGAGAGCGGAUAUCCUCGUACAACCUAACAGUUUCGGUGUCGGACAAUGGCAAACCAGUGGCGCGCUCGUCUUUUGCUAGUCUUGUGAUAUUUGUCAAUGACAUCAACGACCACCCGCCGAUAUUCCAAGAGGCGCAGUACAGGGUCGAUAUCAGCGAGGACGUCCCUAAAGGCAGCUACAUUAAAGGGGUGUCUGCAACAGAUGGUGACUCCGGGCAGAAUGCCAACUUGCGCUACUCACUGGUGUCUGGAAAUGCUUUGGGAUGGUUUUCCAUCAGCGAAAACAGUGGCCUGGUUACCAGUGCUGCUUUGUUGGAUAGGGAAGUUGCAUCCCAAGUUGUUCUGAACAUUAGUGCCAAAGACCAGGGGCUGCAGCCCAAGAUUUCUUACACUAAACUCAUUGUGAGCAUCACUGAUGUAAACGACCAAGUACCCACAUUUACACAGAGUACCUAUCAUGUUUCCUUGGUGGAGCACGCCCCCGCCGGCACUGAAAUCCUCAUGCUUUCGGCCUCAGAUGAUGACCUCGGCGAGAACGGGACAGUUCGUUUCUCGUUUGAUGCUGAGACUACGCCAGACGUCCGUGAGCUGUUUCGCCUGGAUGCCAUGUCAGGCCGUUUGAGCGCAGCCCGUGAGUUAGACAGAGAGGAACAAGCCUCCUAUUUGCUCCACAUCCAGGCAACAGACACAGGCACACCCCCGUUGCACUCUGUCGCAAAGGUUAACAUCACCUUGCGGGAUAUCAAUGACAACAGGCCUGUUUUUUACCCUGCGCAGUAUUUUGCAAAUGUAAAUGAGAAUGAGCCACCGGGCACUUACGCCACCACGGUUUCUGCAACAGAUCCAGACUUGGGUCGCAACGGCACAGUGAAAUAUAUUAUCACGGCAGGUGACACCUCUAAAUUUCACAUUAACAGUAACACAGGUAAAAUCACCACCUUGGCGUCGUUAGACAGAGAAGUGAAAACCACUUAUCAGCUGCAGGUGACAGCUGCGGAUGGUGGCGGAUUGCGCUCACACACUCACGCCAUUGUCACUGUGACUGUAAUAGACACGCAAGAUAACCCCCCCAUAUUUAGCCAGAGAGUUUACAGCUUUGUCAUGUUUGAGAAUGUGAUGCUAAGAACAGUAAUAGGGACAGUGUCAGCCACCACUGUAGAUUUAAACUCUAAUAUUUCCUACUUGAUUACCUCAGGAGACCAGAGAGGGCUUUUCACAGUAAACUCAGAUGGUCAGAUCACGACAUCCAGCCAGAUAGAUCGAGAAGAGCAGGGUUUCUAUCACCUGAAAGUUAUCGCUAGAGCAGGCGAGAUCACAGGAGAGGCCUUUGUCAACAUCACAGUGAAGGACCUGAAUGAUAAUGCCCCACACUUUAUUCACUCAGUUGAACACGUGAGCGCUGUGGAGAACUGGAGCACAGGUCACAUGAUCUUUCAAGCCAAGGCCUCGGAUCCUGACGAAGGUGCAAACGGAAUGGUGGUCUACAGCCUUAAGCAAAACCCCCGAGGUCUUUUCCACAUUCACGAGAAGCAUGGCCUCAUCACGCUCACAGGGCCUCUUGAGGUCACCUCAACUUCUUACGAAAUCGAGGUCUUGGCAUCAGACAUGGGGGUCCCCAGACACACGUCCACCUUGGUCCUCAUUGUCAGUGUUUACGACGUCAAUGAUAACUCGCCCGUAUUCAAUCAGCUGUCGUACGAGGUCGCCAUCCUGGAGUCGGAACCCGUCAACAGCCGCUUUUUCACUGUAGAAGCCACCGACAAAGACUCAGGCCUCAACGGGGAGAUCAUGUACGACAUCAUCGGUGGCAACACGGGAGACAUUUUUGGAAUUUUCCCAGACGGUCAACUGUACAUUAAAUCAGAGCUUGAUCGGGAGCUGCAGGAAAGAUACAACUUAGUCGUGGUGGCUUCAGACCGUGCCGUGGAACCGCUAAGUGCCACUAUCAAUGUCAGUGUGAUCCUAGAUGACGUCAACGACAACCGCCCCCUGUUUAACAGUACAAAUUAUGUCUUUCACUUUGAGGAGGAGCAAAUGAGGGGCUCGCCGGUCGGCUUGGUCUACGCCGAGGAUAAAGACUUUGGCCCAAACAGCGAUGUCAGAUACUCAUUUGAGACUCCGCAGCCCAACUUUGAGCUGAACGCCAUCACAGGGGAAUUGACGAGCACGGUGCGAUUGGACCGUGAGUCACUAAUGAGACAAAGAGGCGCCGCUGCCUUCAGCUUCGUCGUCAUCUCAGCCGACCAGGGUCUCCCUAAACCCCUCAGAGACCAGGCCAAAGUGCAAGUUUACAUACGAGACAUCAAUGACAACGCGCCUAAGUUUACCAAAGACAUUUACCAGGCCUCCAUUUCAGAGUCCGCUCAAAACAUGACACAGCUGCUGCGUGUCUCCGCCUCCGAUGUUGACGAAAACAACAAUGGACUUGUCCAUUAUCAUGUCGCAGAGGGCAACGAGGAGGGACAGUUCGCCAUUGACAGAAGCUCUGGACAAGUCACAUUAAUUGGCAAGCUGGAUUAUGAAUUAACAGCCUCUUAUUCGCUAAAAAUAAUUGCCACUGAUGCUGGCGUUGAGCCCUUAUCCUCAUCUUGCAUGCUUAGCAUUAGCGUACUAGAUGAGAAUGACAACUCCCCGACCUUCCCCAAAUCUUCGCUGUCUGUGGAUGCGCAGGAAAACAUGAGGAUAGGGGAGCUCGUGGCCUCAGUGACAGCAAGUGACGCCGACUCAGGCCCAAACGCUGACAUAACAUACAGCAUCACUGCCACAAAUAACCACGGCACCUUCAGCAUCAGUCCCAACACAGGCAGCAUCUUCCUCUUCAAAAAGUUGGACUAUGAAACACAGGCGUUUUACAAGCUCAACGUCACAGCGAGGGACAACGGCCGACCCCAGCGCUCAUCCUCAAUUCCUGUGAUCAUCCACGUAAGGGAUUUCAAUGACAACCCGCCUAUUUUCACGCCGGGGGACAUCUUCAAAUCUAUCCCGGAGAAUCUGCCAAUUUCGGCCUCUGUCAUGACCAUUAUGGCUCAUGACACAGAUGCGGACAUCAAUGGGCAGCUGGAGUACUCCAUCGUGCAGCAGGUCCCUCGGGGAAACCACUUCAGCAUCGAUCCGAUCUCCGGCCUCAUCUACACAACAAAGGAGGUGGACAGGGAGUUUUCCAAUCUGUUCGAGUUGACUGUAAAGGCCACGGACCAGGCCAUGCCGUUCGAAUUCCGACGUUUUGCCCUUAAAAACGUCACAAUAUGGGUCACGGACAUCAAUGACAACAUCCCCACUUUUGUGUCGCAGAACGCCCUCGUGGCUGAGCCCAACAUUGUCAUCGGCUCCAUCCUGACCACGGUUGUGGCGUUUGACCCCGAUGAGGGGGAAAAUGGGGAAGUGGAGUACGAGCUCGUGGAGGGUGACUCAGACACGUUCAUCAUGGACCGCUACAGUGGCGACAUUCGACUCGCCUCGCAGCUGGUGCCCUCACGCCUCGUGUACACGCUCACCGUAUCGGCCACUGACCAUGGCAGUGAACGCAAGACCUCCAGGACGGACAUGACCAUCAUCAUGCAGGGAUCAGACGGUCCUGUGUUCACCCAGCCCAAAUACAUCACCAUACUCAAGGAAGGGCAGCCGCCAGGCACCAACGUCAUCUCCUUAGAUGCCUCCAGCCCGCGAGGCUCUGGCGGGAAAGUGGAGUACUUCAUUGUGGCGGUGCGCAGCAGUGGGAAAUCCGCCGGACGCCUCUUUACCAUCGGACGGCGCACCGGAGUCAUACAGACAGCAGCAGAGCUGGACAGAGAGAAAGGCUCCGACCUCUACCUGGUGGAUGUGUACGCCAUCGAGACGGAUGCGGGCCAUCCCAGGACGCAGCGUGCCGAGGUGGAGAUUACACUUCAGGACAUCAACGACAACCCUCCUGUUUUCCCCAAUGACAUCCUGGACGUAACCAUCGAGGAGAACGUGGGGGACGGUUUCAAGAUAAUGCAGCUAACAGCCACGGAUGCAGACGAGGGCCCAAACGCUCUGGUGACUUACACCAUCAUCAGCGGAGCGGACGACAGUUUCCGGAUCGAUCCCGAGUCCGGCGACCUCAUCGCUACCAAGAAACUGGACCGGGAACGCCGCUCCAGUUACUCUCUGCUGGUGCGCGCCGACGACGGGAAGCAGUCCUCGGACAUGAGGCUCAACAUUACUGUCGAGGACGUCAAUGACCACACGCCCAAAUUCUCGCGGCCAAUGUACUCAUUUGACAUCCCCGAAGAUAUGGCUUCAGGCUCCAUUGUGGCGGCGAUCCUGGCCAGCGACUCUGACUCAGGGGUGAACGGUGAGGUCACGUACUCACUGGAGGACGAUGACGAGGAUGACACCUUCCUGCUGAACCCGGUCACUGGAGUUUUCAAUGUGACACGGAUGCUGGACUAUGAAACUCAACAGUAUUACAUCCUUACCGCAAAAGCGCUGGACGGCGGGGGGCAGGCCAGCACAGUCCGUGUGUAUUUCAACGUCCUGGAUGUCAACGACAACGUGCCGGCAUUUAACACCACUGCGUACAGUGCAUCGAUUUCAGAGAGCCUUUCCCCUGGAUCCAGCAUUGUUACUGUCAGUGCCAGUGAUGCAGAUGAUGGUCCCAAUGCACAGCUUCUUUACAAAAUUACAUCAGGUGAUCCACAGGAUCACUUUGUCAUAACCAAAGAGGGGGUUUUGCAAACCAAGAAGGCCUUGGACAGGGAAACACAGUCCUUCUACAACCUGAUGAUCACGGUGAAUGACCUGGCUCCGCCUCCGAUGACCCGCUUCACCAGCACGGCCCAGGUGUCCAUCAUCCUCUUGGACGUCAACGACUGCCCGCCAACUUUCAUCUCCCAAAAGAUGACGUAUAUCCAGGAAAACACACCAGUGGACACGGUAGUGUUCACCGCCCAUGCAACAGAUGCUGACAGCGGUCCCAACAGCUAUGUCGAAUACUCUCUCAGAGGACCCUUCGGAAGCAAGUUCAGCAUUGGUACCAUAGCUGGUGAUGUCAGGUUGAUUGGAGAACUGGACCGAGAGGAGCUUGCUAACUACACUCUGACAGUUGUUGCCACUGAUAAAGGCGAGCCACCGCUGUCAUCCACCAUGGAUGUGACAAUGUUGGUUCUGGACAUCAAUGAUAACACACCGAGCUUCUCCCAGAAUAUCUACGAUAUUGAGAUUGAGGAAAACACUUUGACAGGGACAGACAUCAUCCAGGUGUUUGCCACUGAUGCCGACGAAGGCACCAACGGGCAAAUACGCUUCUCUAUCUCAGGCGGGAAUUCAAACGGAGACUUCAGGAUGGAUUCAGUCACAGGGAUGGUCUCGGUGGCCAAGCAGCUUGACCGUGAAGUCCAGUCUGCCUAUUCACUGGUUGUUCAAGCUUCUGACCGUGGAAGCAGUCCUAUGGUAGACCGGGCGACUGUCAACAUCGUGUUGCUGGAUGUCAAUGACUGCUCGCCUACCUUUGAGCUUUCACCUUAUACCGUCAAUGUUCAGGAGAACCUUGAGGAGCUACAGAAUAACAUCCUGCAGGUUGUCGCCAGGGACGACGACCAAGGCGCCAAUGGCCAGCUAAGCUACAUGCUCAGCGGCGGCAAUGACGAAGGUGCCUUCAGCUUGUCGUCCAGUGGUCAACUGAGUCUGACUCAGACUUUGGACCGUGAAGCUCAAGGGAAAUACGUCCUGCUGAUCACAGCCACUGACUCGGGUUCUCCGUCACUGAGCGGAACGGGGACCGUGACCAUAUUGGUGGACGACAUCAACGACAACGUGCCUGUUUUUGCUUCGUCCACUUUCCACACCACCAUCAUGGAAGAUGCGCCCACCGGGACAGAUGUGUUGUUAGUGAACAGUUCUGAUGUGGACGUUGGCCCCAAUAGUGUCAUAAGCUACAGUUUGACUGGAGGACACGGACAGUUUUCGAUCAACCCUGCAACCGGACAGAUUAUCACCAGCUCCCUGCUUGACCGAGAGGAAAGAGCCAAUUACCAGCUGGUGGUGGUGGCAACAGAUGGAGGGCAGCCGGAGGGCCUUUCUAGCUCUGCCAUCGUGUCUGUCACAGUCGCCGAUAUCAACGACAAUCCACCGCGUUUCCACCACCACCCGUACGUCACCCACAUCCCCGCCUCCACUGCGGCAGGGUCCUUGGUCUUUGCUGUUACUGUCACGGAUGAAGAUUCUGGAUCCAAUGCCCAGCUGCACUACUCCUUGAUGGGACGCAAUUCAGACAAGUUCAAGAUUGACCCCAUCCGAGGUGCCAUCACCGCGAAUGAGAAGCUGUCGGGGACCUCGGAAGUUACCCUCACAGUUCGGGUGAAAGAUGGAGGAACCAACCCCAAAACUGACACAACAACAGUGACUGUGCGCUUUGUCAACGGGGGCAACUUCCCUGUCAUCAAGCUGAAGGAGCAUGCCUUCACUUUCCCUGAGAGCCAGCCGACCAAUCACCUUGUCACCACUGUGACGGGAUCUUCUAGGAGGGGUGGGCCACUGUCAUACUACAUUGCUAGUGGCAACUUGGACAACACCUUUCACAUUGACCAGCUUUCCGGCGACUUAAUCAUCAGGCAUCCGUUGGAUUAUGAAAACAUUCAGAAAUAUGUUCUCUGGGUUGAGGCCAGAGAUCAAGGCUUUCCACCAUAUUCAUCAUAUGAAAGACUGGAUAUUACUGUGCUAGAUGUGAACGACAAUCACCCUGUAUUUGACAAGGACCCUUUCCAUGCUGAGAUACUGGAGAAUCUGUCACCUCAGCGAGUGCUAAUGGUCUCUGCCGUCGAUCUUGAUAACGGAUCUAACGGGCAGCUGGAAUAUGCCAUCAUUGAAGGAAACAAGGAAAACAGCUUCAGCAUCACUCGAGCGACAGGUGAAAUACGAACCACCAGGCCACUUGACCGUGAGAAGGUAGCCCAGUACACACUAAAAGUCAAAGCCACGGACCGCGGAAUAAUGCCCAAAAACUCUGUGGUGAAAGUGAAAAUCAGUGUGCUGGAUGUAAAUGACAAUGCCCCCCGGUUUUCCAAAAUCUUUAGUGCUACAGUGGCUGAAAAUGCACCCGUAGGUUACACUGUCACCAGAGUGACCACCACAGACGAGGAUGCUGGAGCUAACGCUAUCAGUCGCUAUUCAAUCACAGACUCCAGCCUUCCAUUUAGUAUUCAUUCUAACACAGGGGACAUCACAAUUAGUAGGCCACUCAACAGGGAGGACACAGACCAUUACAUUGUCAAGGUGUCUGCGCACGACUCUGGCUGGACAGUUAGCACAGACGUCACCAUAUUCAUCACAGAUAUCAAUGACAAUGCUCCCAGAUUUAGUCGUCCUUCAUAUUACCUUGACUACCCUGAACUGACAGAGGUGGGCUCCUUGGUAACACAGGUGUCAGCCACUGAUCCUGAUGAGGCCUUCAAUGGUAAAAUAUUUUAUUUCAUUCGGUCCCAAUCGGAGUAUUUUAGAAUAAACGCCAGCUCCGGGGAGAUAUUUGUGAAGCAGCAGUUGAAAUAUCUUAAUUCAUCAGGCGCCAACAGUUUGAACAUCAAUCGCCACAGUUUCAUCGUCACGGCUUCAGAUCGUGGGCUCAAACCUUUGAUGAGUGAGACUACAGUCAUUGUGAACAUUGUCGACAGUAACGAUAAUCCUCCCGAGUUUGAUUCACCGAGCUACUUUACACCUGUCACGAAGAGUGUCAAAGUUGGUACCAAACUAAUAAGGAUGGUAGCGCAUGACAAAAAAGACUUUGGCCUCAACUCUGAAGUUGAGUACUUGAUUACAGGGGGUAAUAGCUCUAGUAAAUUCAAAUUAGAUAAAGUGAACGGCUGGGUUACUGUUGCUUCCCCUCUUACAUCUGACAUAAAUAAGCUUUUCCUCAUGGACGUUACAGCCAGGGACAGAGGAAAUCCGCCUUUAUCCGCCCAAACAGCAGUGCGAAUCGCUGUAACUGAGGAAAACCACCACACACCUGAGUUCUCACAAAGCCAAAUCUCAGCUACAGUGCCGGAAAGCCUUGUCGUGGGGACAGCAAUAAGAACCCUGUCAGCCAGAGACAAAGACAAAGAAAUGAAUGGCCUCAUCAAGUAUAAUAUUACAUCUGGCAAUGGCAAGGGGUUAUUUGCAAUUAAUAGUAAAACUGGGGUGUUAUCCCUAGCGCAGCCUCUUGAUUUUGAGGAAAAUCAACAGCAUGAGUUGAGAGUUUCAGCCACAGAUGGUGGUUGGAUUGCAAAAUCCAGUUACAUCACUGUCACAAUUCAUGUUACUGAUGUGAAUGAUAACCCUCCACUAUUUAAUCCUGAUGAGUAUUACCCCAUUGUACAGGAGAAUGUCCCAAGUGGCACCACAGUGGUAAAAAUGAAUGCCGUCGACCUUGAUUCUGGAGCUAAUGCAGUCAUGGCCUAUGUCAUACAAUCAUCAGACAGUGACCUCUUUGUUAUUGAUCCCAACACGGGCACUAUCACCACUCAGGGUUUCUUAGAUUAUGAGGCUAAGCAGGUCUACCAUUUGACAGUGAAGGCAUUCAACGUCCCAGACGAGGAACGCUGCAGUUUCGCCAAUGUCAACAUUCAGCUGAAAGGAGCCAAUGAAUAUGUACCCCGCUUUGUCUCCAAAGAAUACUACUUUGAAAUCUCUGAAGCUGCUCCAAAAGGCACUGUGGUCGGAGAGGUUUUUGCAAGUGAUCGUGACCAAGGCGACGACGGAGUAGUCUACUACCUCAUUUUUGGGAAAAGCAGGAGAAAAGGCUUUGGCAUUAACAAGAAAACUGGACAGAUUUAUGUCACAGGUGCACUGGACCGUGAGAAGGAGGAAAAGAUUUCACUUAGAGUUUUGGCCAAAAAUGCUGGGGCUAUCCGUGGGGCAGAUAUUGAUGAGGUUUAUGUAAACAUCACAAUACUCGAUGCCAAUGAUCCUCCUGUCUUUUCUCAGGAGUUGUAUGACGUGCAAGUUAGUGAAGGUCUUUUACCUGGUGGUCUGGUUACAUUUGUGAGUGCUGAGGAUUCAGACUCUGUCCCAAGCUGGAGCCGAUUUUCAUUCUCCAUUGCACCGGAGUUUGAUAAAAAAGUUUUUACUAUUAACCCUAAAACUGGCCAAGUGUCUGUUGCAGCAGAGCUAGACAGAGAAACAACGCCUGUGUAUAAUCUCACCAUUUUUGCGGUGGAUACUGGCACACCUCCUUCUACUGGGAGCGCCAUGCUGAUUGUAAACCUGGAAGAUAUCAACGAUAAUGGUCCAAGAUUGACAACUACAUACGCUGAAGUAAUGGAGAACCAGAAAUCUGGCACUGCGGUCACUACAUUAACAGCUUCCGACCCAGAUUUACCACCCAAUCAAGGUCCUUACAUAUACAGCCUUCAAAGUUCUGGCUCUGCCAACAGCUAUUUCACUCUAAGUCCAGCUGGAAUGCUAACCACAAGUCGGGAGAUUGACAGAGAACAGAUUAGUGACUUCUAUCUCUCCAUCGUGAUCAAGGACUCUGGUGUGCCUCAAAUGUCCUCAACAGGAACUAUACAAGUCAAAAUAAAUGAUCAAAAUGACAACCCUUCGGAGCCGAGGUCAAUGGAAAUCUUUGUUCACUACUUCGGAAACAUGUUUCCUGGAGGUUCUUUGGGAGAUGUUAAACCCCAAGACCCUGACAUUCAAGACAGGUUCCACUGCUCCCUCAUUCCAGCAUCCUCCGCCCUGUUUAAUAUUCCUACUGGAACAUGCAAGUUAAACUCAAAAGCACGUUCAACAGAUGGAAACUUUGAAUUAACCAUACGAAGCAGCGACGGUGUCCACGGACCAGUCAGCAACACAGCCCGAGUCCUUUUCAUGGGCAUCACAAAUGCCACAGUAGAUAACAGCAUUCUAAUCCGUCUCCAGUCUCACGGAGUCAGACACUUCCUCACCGACUAUUACCUCAGCUUCCUACGCAUUGCCAACUCUCAGCUAGCAGGACUAGGCACCGGGGUCCUGCUUCACGGAGUGUUUGAGCUCAACAACCAAACUUUCGUAAUGGCAGCUAUCAAACGAGGCCAUGGACAAUAUGUGAACCCCAGUGGUGUGGCCACAUUCUUCCAGAGUAUCAAAGACAUUUUGAAUAGACAGAGCGGUGUGCAAAUAGAUGCAGUGGACCAUGAUCCAUGCACGCGCAACCCGUGCCAGAACGGUGGCAGCUGCAAGAGGCGUCUCACUGUUGGGCCUGAUAUGAAAACGGAGGAAAGUAUCCCAAUGAUCCUCGUAUCCAACCACCCCCUGCAGCCUUACGCCUGCAGCUGCAGGCCGGGAUACACCGGUGCAGUCUGUGAGACGGACGUCGAUGAGUGCCAGCCUUCUCCUUGUCACAAUGGCGGCACCUGUCACAAUUUGGUGGGGGGUUUCUCAUGCACAUGUCCUGAUGGUUUUACCGGCAUGGCCUGUGAGAGGGACAUCAAUGAAUGCCAUUCCAAUCCCUGCAAGAAUGGGGCACUAUGCCAGAACUUCCCCGGCGGCUUCAACUGCCUCUGCAAGUCUGGGUUUGCAGGCAAAACAUGUGAUUCCAUCAUCAAUCACUGUGAGUGUAACCCAUGUUUUAAUGGUGGCUCCUGUCAGAACAGAGUGGAUGGAUAUUACUGUCAUUGCCCAUUUGGUGUUUUUGGUAAACACUGCGAAUUAAACAGCUAUGGUUUCGAGGAGCUUUCCUAUAUGGAAUUUCCUUCACUGGACCCCAACAAUAACUAUAUUUACAUGAAGUUUGCCACCUUGAAGGACAACGCUUUGCUCAUGUACAACCACGAUAAUCAGACCGGAGACAAGGCAGAGUUCCUGGCCCUGGAGAUCUUUGAGGGACGGGUGCGCUUUUCCUUCAACUUGGGAAGUGGAACAUACAAACUGAUGACCAUGAUCAAAGUGUCUGAUGGGCAGUUCCACACAGUCAUCGCCAGGCGGGCUGGGAUGGCUGCUUCAUUGACCAUAGACCUGUGCGGCGACGACCAGGAACCAGGCUACUGUGCCGUGAGCAACGUGGCUGUACACACUGACUGGAUCCUGGAUGUGGAGCCCAACCGUCUCUCUGUGGGGGGCGUCAGGUCAUUGGAGUCUGUCCUCCACCGACGCGGCCAGGUCGCCACCCAUGACUUUGUAGGCUGCAUCAUGGAGUUGGCCGUCAACGGCCGCCCACUGGAGCCCAGUCAGGCCCUGGCAUCACAAGGCAUCCUUGACAGAUGUCCAAGAUUGGAGGCAGCCUGCACCGCCAGCCCCUGCAGACACGGGGGCACCUGUUUGGACCACUGGUCUUGGCAGCAGUGCCAGUGCGUUGAUGGCUUCACUGGCAAAUACUGUGAAAAAUAUAUGACAGCCGACACGGCGUUAUCCCUAGACGGUACCGGUCGCCUGGACUACGCCCUCAAACAGGGCCCUAAACGUGACGUCCUGCUGAGGCGGUCACUGCAGAGCGGGACCCCCAACCCUGCGGGUCCUAGCCAUCUGGAGGUCAAGUUCAGGACACGUGGCAAGAGUGGCACAUUGCUGCACGUGCAGGAAAGCAAUAAUUACACCACUGUUAAGCUGAGAAAUGGCAACAUCCACUACAUCUCAGACGCGGGCGUUGGUGGCAAAGUGGAGAGGACUCUGGGUGAUGUGGUGUUGUCAGACGGUCUCUGGCACACCCUCCUGCUGGUUAAGAAUGGCUCCACCACUUUGAUACAAGUGGACAACAGCUACUCCCGCGUCAUCCAGCAUCCAACCCAGGACUUUGGAGGUCUUGAUGUCCUCAGUUUCUCCCUCGGAGGGAUCCCGCCUGGUCCAGCACAUCAGAAAACUGCAGCAGGCUUUGAUGGCUGCCUGGCCUUUAUUAAAUAUAAUGGCGAGAACCUGCCUUUCACCGGGGAACACAGUCUCGUCGCCUUAUCGAAGACCAGUCCAUCUGUCAAAAUUGGCUGCAGAGGUCCGAACCUGUGUGAGAGCAGCCCGUGCUGGGAUGGCCUAAUGUGCAUCAACCAAUGGUACACAUACCAGUGCGUCCCACCUGGCGACUGCGCCUCUAGUCCCUGUCAAAACCAAGGAAGCUGUGUGCCAGAUCCCCGUUCGGGUUUCAGCUGUGUCUGCACCGAGUUCUACACUGGAAAGAUGUGCGAGACCCAGGUGGCCUGCCUGGGUGUCCAGUGCCCUCAAGGGACCAUCUGCAAGACAGCAAACAACGGCGGUUUUGUCUGCAGUCAAAACCCCGCUACAGAAGCCAUGGUUCUUCCCAUUUGGGCGGUCCCUGCUAUCAUCGGGAGCUGUGCCACGGUUCUCGCUUUGGUGGUGCUCAGUCUCAUCUUGUGUAACCACUGCAAGGGUCGCAAGAAAACCAAAGUUCCAAAGGAUUCAAAGGAGAAGAAACCCAAGGAAAAGAAGAAAAAGAAAAAGGGCAGUGAAAAUGUGGCAUUCGAUGACCCGGAUAACAUCCCACCAUAUGGAGAUGACAUGGCGGUCCGCAAGCAACCAGAAGGGAAUCCCAAGCCAGAUAUAAUCGAGAGGGAGAAUCCAUAUCUGAUCUAUGAUGAAUCAGAUAUCCCUCACAACAAUGAGGCUGUCCCAAGUGCUCCCUGUGCCCCUUGUAAUGGCCCGGAGGCCGAUAUCGAGCACUAUGACAUUGAUAAUGCCAGUAGCAUCGCACCAUCCGACGCAGAUAUCAUCCAGCAUUACAAGCAAUUCCGAAGCCACACGCCCAAAUUCUCCAUUCAGAGGCACAGUCCCUUGGGAUUUGCAAGACAGUCCCCAUUGCCUCUGGGCGCCACCAGUUACAACUACCAGCCUCAGUACACUCAAGCACUUCGAUCCACCCCGCUCAGUCACGCCCACUCAGCUUGCCCUACGCCGAAUCACCUUUCCAGGCAUUCCCCGGCCCCGUUCACAAAACCCUCCUCCUUUUACAGAAACACUCCGACCAGGGAGCUCAACCUGGCCCGCCGCGAGGGUAGCCCCCUGGAACUCCACAAUGACAUGUGCCAGCCGGCGCCCAUGUUCAACUACGCCACCCGGCUGGGGAGGCGCAGCAAGAGUCCACAGACCAUGGCCAGCCACGGCCACACGUCCCGCCCGGGGAGUCGUCUCAAGCAGCCCAUCGAGCAGAUCCCAUUGGAGACUGGCCCCCCUGUGGGGCUUUCCAUCGAGGAAGUGGAGCGGCUGAACAAUCCGCGUCCUCGAAACCCCAGUAUAUGCAGCGCUGACCACGGGCGCUCCAGCUCCGAAGAAGACUGCCACCGGCCUCUGUCACGGGUCCGCAACCCCGCUGAUGGCAUCCCCGCCCCGGAAUCUUCUUCAGAGAGUGACUCACAUGACUCCUUCACCUGCUCGGAGAUGGAGUACGACCGGGAAAAACCAGUUUCUUACAGCUCCCGGGUACCCAAGCUCUCACAAGUCAACGAGUCCGACGCGGACGAUGAGGACUACGGCGGGAGGCUGAAGCAGAGGCGGUACUCAAGCCGGCGGGCAGAAGGGGGUCCUGGUAUGACACAGGUGCCCGCCAAUGAGAAGCACAACACCCUGCCUCAUAAACUUGGCCCGUCAGCUGGGGUUUUCAACUGGGACAAUCUUUUGAGCUGGGGCCCUGGUUUUGGACAUUACGUCGAUGUGUUCAAGGACUUAGCCAUGCUUCCAGAAAACACAUCGGCAAAGGACAUUGAAAUGAACAGUAGAGACGGCUCUGUCACCAUUCUAAAUGAAGGAGAAGCGGAACAGUACGUAUGA